AUGGGUAAAGAGAAGGGUCACGUUAACGUCGUCGUCAUUGGUCACGUCGACUCCGGCAAGUCUACCACCACCGGUCACUUGAUCUACAAGUGUGGCGGUAUCGACAAGCGAACCAUCGAGAAGUUCGAGAAGGAGGCUGCCGAGCUCGGUAAAUCUUCCUUCAAGUACGCUUGGGUUCUCGACAAGCUCAAGGCCGAGCGAGAGCGAGGUAUCACCAUCGACAUUGCCCUCUGGAAGUUCGAAACUCCCAAGUACAACGUCACCGUCAUUGACGCCCCCGGUCACCGAGACUUCAUCAAGAACAUGAUUACCGGUACCUCCCAGGCCGACUGUGCCAUCCUCAUCAUUGCUACCGGUAUCGGAGAGUUCGAGGCUGGUAUCUCUAAGGAUGGUCAGACCCGAGAGCACGCCCUCCUUGCCUUCACCCUCGGUGUCAGGCAACUCAUUGUCGCCUGUAACAAGAUGGACACCUGCAAGUGGUCCGAGGACCGAUUCAACGAGAUUGUCAAGGAGACCACCACCUUCAUCAAGAAGGUCGGUUACAACCCCAAGUCUGUCCCCUUCGUCCCCAUCUCUGGCUGGCACGGUGACAACAUGUUGGAGGAGACUACCAACAUGGGCUGGUACAAGGGAUGGACCAAGGAGACCAAGGCUGGUGUCUCCAAGGGUAAGACCCUCCUCGAGGCCAUCGACGCCAUCGAGCCCCCUACCCGACCCACCGACAAGGCUCUUCGACUUCCCCUCCAGGAUGUCUACAAGAUCGGUGGUAUUGGCACGGUGCCCGUCGGUCGUGUUGAGACCGGUGUCAUCAAGGCUGGUAUGGUCGUCACCUUUGCCCCCACCAACGUGACCACUGAAGUCAAGUCCGUCGAGAUGCACCACGAGCAAAUCCCCGAGGGUCUUCCCGGAGACAACGUCGGUUUCAACGUCAAGAACGUUUCCAUCAAGGACAUCCGAAGAGGUAACGUCUGUGGUGACUCCAAGAACGACCCCCCCAAGGAGGCCGCUUCUUUCAACGCCCAGGUCAUCGUCCUCAACCACCCCGGUCAGAUCGGUGCCGGUUACACCCCCGUCUUGGACUGCCACACCGCCCACAUUGCCUGCAAGUUCUCUGAGCUCAUCGAGAAGAUCGACCGCCGUACGGGCAAAACUAUGGAGGCUGCCCCCAAAUUCGUCAAGUCUGGUGACGCCGCCAUCGUCAAGCUCAUCUCCCAGAAGCCCCUCUGUGUCGAGCCCUACUCCGAGUACCCCCCUCUCGGUCGAUUCGCCGUCCGAGACAUGCGACAGACUGUUGCCGUCGGUGUCAUCAAGUCCGUCGAGAAGUCUGACGGUAAGGCUGGUAAGGUUACCAAGGCCGCUGAGAAGGCUCAGAAGAAGAAGUAA